AUGGCCUCCCUCGAUAUUACCGUCACAUUGCAGGAUCCAAAGUUGCAGUAUUGGGGGAUAUCAUUCGGUCAUUGCACCGUAUCUCCCAGUAGCCAUCAGCUCUGCAAGAUCGAUGCCGAUUUUUUUCGUAUAACGAAACCGCAGACUGGGGACUCUGUGGUGGCGUUCGAGACUAUCGAGAUGGAGCAGAUUGCCAGCUCACACAUUACCGUCGUGCAGAGCAACAGCAGCGUCAUUCUCUUCCUCGUUUCCCUAGCAAUUCACGACACCCCGAUCUCCAAACCCAUUAGCAACCUCGCUUUCUCAGCUCCCCCGUCGUGCAAGCAGCAAGAUGCCAUAGCGGCCAUGGCUUCGUAUCCUUAUUUCUCGAGCGAUCCGUACCGGAGCCAUGCCGAUCAAGCUUUGAAUCACAAAGUAUCGAACUUAUCAGAGAGCUCGGAAACACAGGGCCCUCUUCGCGGCCGAGAAUCCCUUGUAUCCCUCCAGUCCUUCUACGACUCGCCACCUCUCCCGCCACCGCAGAACCACACGUUGGAACAACAGGAGUAUGGAAGGGGGCAGUGGUCAGUUCCUUUCCUAGGGAACAAUGGUGGGCGAUAUCAACCAGUUUCACGGACGCCGUCGAGCUUCGGACGGUUCAGAAGUUUCCGUGGAAGGGUACAACAAGAUACCAUACAUGAAGAUGAAAGCGUUGAUAUGUCACUACUUAGUGCGGCAGUGCCGCCAGCUCAAUGCGGCUCCUAUGAGGCAGUGCCGAAAUCUGAGUCUUUCGAGCCCGCCUUCGAUAUGACGUCUUUCUCCGGCCCCAUGGGCACUCAAGAUCAUGAAUUCCUGAAAUCAUUGCAACAGCAGGAGGCGAGCGGGAGGCUGACUGGUGGCCUGGGACAGGGAGAAGGCCCAAAUACAACUAUCAAGAAAGAAUACCUAACGUCUGCUACUCCCUCCGCCGCGCGUAGCUUCACACGGUCUUUCUCAAUGAGGAGGAAACCUACCGUGAACCCACAGUCGAGCUGGAAGAGCCUGGGACAAGAGGAGGCGAACAAGAGAGGAGAAGUGAUUGAAGUGAUCAUGGAGGAGCAUGCAGAUGUCGACCUUAGUUCCAUGAUUGGCCCUCAUACUGUCAAACUGGACCAAGCCACAUCUGCGACACCGCCUCCUAAGAAGGAAGUGUUUUAUCCACGGCCUAAUUGGAAGCCUUUUGCGAUGAGGUGGCCAUAUUUGCUGUUCAUGAUUCUCCUGUCGGUGGCUCUUGCUAUCGUGCAAGAGUUCAUUUAUCAGAUGUCAAGACGUCCUGGCGGGCUGCUUCACUUUACAAGUGCCAGGGACCUCAAUCCCGGAUUGUACUUUGUUUUCAAAUUCGUCCCUACUAUCAUCACUGUUACAUACGGCGUUUUAUGGCAGAACACAGACUUCGAAGUCAAGCGUCUGGAGGCUUUCUAUCAGAUGUCCAAGGAUGGCGGCGCCUUAGCGGCGGAGUCAAUCAAUGUCGAUUAUAUUACUCUAUUCAACUUUGGACGGCCAUUACUUGCUCUCCAUCGGAAACAUUACGCUGUAUUCAUCUCAUCAGUGGCCACUCUGCUUGCUGUGUCUCUCGUUCCGACUCUCGGCGCUGCUGCUCUUGUCCUUAGUCCCGAUCGGGCCACGCGAUUAUCUAACCCAGACGAGGUUAAGAUGAUCACAGUCAGCGCUGUUCUGUCGCGCCUGCUUACUGCAACAUUUUUCUUUAUUGCAAUCCUCGGGUGUAUCCUCUUUUACCAACUGACAACGAGAAGGUCAGGGCUACUCGCAGAUGUGAAAGGCAUUGCGGGAUUGGCGUCGAUGGCAGUUGUGAGCCACAUCAUGGCGGAUUUUAGAGACAUGGAUACUGCAAAACCAAAAGACAUACACCAUAAGUUGAAAAACAGGCGCUACGAGCUGCGUAACUCGUCACUAUUUUCUAAAGAUUUCAUGUCACAGCGUGGGAAUGAUAGAUACAAGGAUGCUCAUCUAUCUCAAAACCCUCAUCCUCUGAUGCUUCGGAGAGAAGGGUGCAUACCCUUCAUAAUCGGAAUCGUGCUGUUCCUCAUCCUGGUACCGGUGUUCUUGUUUACGCCAGCCAGUGUCAUUACAUACGAAGCACCCUGGGCUGUCACGGCAUUGGCCGUCUGCAUCAAGCUAGGCUGGGGAAGCCUGGAAACAUCCAUCCGCAUGCUAGAGCCAUACUACAUACUGGCACAACGCCACGCACCACCCAAGACUCUCACACUCGACUACACCGCAAUGCCCUUCGCCGUUGUAGCGUUCCGUGCGCUCUUCAACCGGCACUGGAUCGUAUUCCUCGUAGGAUGGGGUACUGUUCUCGUUGAAGGGCUAACCAUCUUCGCUACGAGUUUAGCGCAAGUCGAAGGCAAAGACCUGCUCGACCUCAUCGCAGCGGACCCGGGAAACCUGCUGAACAAGGAGCUGGGCAGCGGCUCGGAAACGGUGCGGUCCUUCGUUGUGACGGUCGCUUUGACAGGUUUCAUACUGAGCUACCUGAUCAUCGUUGCGAGCUUCGUCUUUAUCCGCCGGCGCCACCCGUUCCUACCGCGUCAGCCCAAUACCAUCGCCAGCGUCUUGGCCUUCAUGCACCAAUCCAAGAUGCUGUAUGACUUUGUCGGCACCGCCAAGUUCACCAACGUACAGAUGCGCGAAAAGCUCGAGGCCCUCGGCAAGACGUACGGCCUUGGCUGGUUUAGCGGGCGCGACGGCCAGAUGCACUGCGGUGUCGACGAGGAGGAGCUCACGGGCUCGUAUAAACACGGCGUCGAUUACUCGCAGGGCAACAUGCCUUGGCUAACGGAUUGGCAGACGUUUUAA